GUGAGAUCCAUUUACCAUUUGAGGAGAUUAUUGCAAUUUUAUAUCGAUUUCGUUGCUGCGAUGCUCUCAGUGCUAUGAAAUCACAACCCCAUGCUAGUCAUAAAAUUCCCUUCUGAAUUUGACAAAUUGUCUGUGUGAAUCCAAGUUGGAAUCUCAAAGGAUCCCCUGCUAAAUCUCAGGAUGGGACAUUUUGAUCAGGUCCAUAUUCUCCUUCCACCUCUCCAUGUCAGCAGUCUUCUACUAGUCUUUUGAUUAUGUUCACUUGACACACAUGGCAACCGGUUCUCUUCUUCGCGCCCUUCAAAGAGCUACACGAACUUCUUCGACUCUCAACUUCUCUUUCUCAAAUCCUUACUUUUCCAGGUCGAUUUCCUACCACACAGAAUUGAUUUCUUCUCCUUCUCAAUAUUUGGUUCAAUUAAAUCCAUGGAAACCAACAUGGGUUUUCAGAAAUUUCAGUCAUGGUCGAAUAAACUUUGUUACUUCUCAAGGAAAGUCUAAAUUCGAAGAACAUGAAUAUGAUCAAGAGAAACGCCAAUAUAAAUCCAAAUGGAUAUGCAAGAAGAAAUUCAAGAUGCAAUUGUCAAGAGGGAAAACAAAGAGGAAAUUAGCUAAUAAGAAAGACCCUAGAAAUCUUAGAGUUAUAGGGAAGAAACAGCAAAAGUUCUUAAAUGCAGAGGAGAGAAUCAUAGACAAGAUUGAUAAGGCAAAAAUUAAGGAAGCAUUACUGAUGGAAAAGCUGAAAAGAUAUGAAGUUCCUAAAGCUCAAGGUCCAGAGGUGAAACAGGAAUGUUUGACUGGUGAAGAAAGAUUUUACAUGAAAAAGAUGGCGCGGAAAGGAUCAAAUUAUUUACAAGUUGGUGUAAGAGGAGUUUAUGGUGGUGUUAUAGAUAAUAUGCAUAUGCAUUGGAAGCAUCACGAAACAGUUAAGGUUUUUUGCAAGCCUUGUAGACCUGGUGAAGUACAUGAGUACGCAAAAGAGAUAGCUAGAUUAAGUGGUGGGAUUCCGAUACAAGUGAUUGGAAAUGACACGAUAGUAUUUUACCGAGGGAAGAAUUAUGUUCAGCCUGACAUUAGGCGUCCUGUUGAUACAUUAUCCAAGAAGAGGGCACUAGAAAAAUCAAAAUACAUGCAGUCACUUGAAGCAGUGAGGCACUUCAUUGCUGUAGCAGAGAAAGAAUUAGAACUCCAGCACAGACAUGUCGCCCUUUGCAAUGGCCUUAGUUCUUAUGAUUUGAUCUCUAUCAGCACAGAAAAAGACUCAGCCUUUCCUGUAAGUUCUGAAGUGACUACCGAAGGCUUGAUUUCACAUUUUGAUGACUUCUCCAUUAUUCCUUCAGAUAUAGAACUUGACCACUCACAUCAAGAAUUGUUGCAAACUGAAGAAGAAACCUCUGAGUCUAACGAUGAAUACUUAUCGGGAAGCGAAGUUGAUGUUGGUGAUGGAAGUAUGUCAGUUACUAACGUUAGUUCUGACAAAGAAGAGGUAUCCUUCUUUAAGUUCUCUUUAUCAAAGGGCUCGUUCUGCAGCUCAGCUAUUUCACCAACUGUGGAAAGUAGAUUCAAUUUUUAUAUUAGAGAUUUGCAUCGUGAAAGAUCGACAAAUUCAUGAUAUUCAGUUCCCAAUAUUUGCUGAAUGAAAUGUUGGGGAUAUCAUCCAGUUCCGGAAUAUUGUCAAUUCAGAUGUGCAUCCCUUUUCUGCAUCUUAUCGGACUGCUUUUUUCCAAUAUGAAGCUACAGACAACUUCUAUGCGACUUAAAGCACUAACGGUUUCUCUCUAUCUUAUUCAGACAAGAACAAAAUGAAUUAGGAUGACAGUUUACAAUAUACAGCAGUGCCAAUGUCUAGGCUUUAUUCUGCUCUACCAACUAUCUCCACAAGAACAAGUCCCUAUCAUGAUUUGGUUCAAGCGAAUAAACUCUUUGAAGCUAAUGCCCUGGGGAGAGAAUUCACUUGGACCAAUAAGGAAAUCUGGGACAGGGAGAAAAAUCAGACGAUUGAUAGGACUUUCAUCAAUGAAGCUUGGUUGGAGAAGUUCCAAAACUGGAGAUACAAAGCUGUGGCGGAGGCGGUAGAUAUUUCUGAUCACUCUCCUUUAUCUGGGUAUGUUUUUGUGUCGCAAAGACCUGCUAGAGCUCCUUUUCGCAUACAAAAGAUAUGGUUUUCGCACAGUGAUUUUAUGAGUUCAACAGAGUUUGGGAUGCUCUUUUGACUGACUCUCCUGCUUUUGUUUUUAAUAGUAAGUUGAAAAGGUUGAAAAUUGCUCUAAAGGAGUGGAAUAGAUCUGUUUUUGGCAAUGUUAAUAUGCGGCUUAAUCAAGCUGAAUUACAACUUGACAUUGGAAAAGUUAUCUCUGACCCAGAUCGUACUAGUGUUAGUAAAUUUGCUAGUUUGGCAGACGCUAAGACUGCAGUGGAACUUUCUUGCGUUCAACUGGCGAUAAUGCUGCGACAAAAAGCUAGGGCAACUUAGAUUGCUGAUGGUGACAGCAACGGAAGUUUUCUUCACAACAAUAUACGAAUUCGACGUUGUCACAAUAAGAUUUCUGAAAAUGUGGAUGAAGAUUGCAGCGUCAUUCAAGACCCCGAUCAGAUAAUGCAACACAUUGUGCAUUACAUGGCCAACUUCAACGGUGUAGUUAAGCAUAUUGAUGAUGAGCUGUUUGAUGUGCAUCAGGGAAGGAUCAGAGAAACGGAAAGCCUAGCUAUGAAUGUUAUUCCAGCAGAGGAGGAAAUCAAAGCAGCUGUUUUUGAUUUAGGUGCAGAAAGCGCACCAAGACCUGAUGGUUAUUCAGGUAUUUUUUGUAAACAGUGUUCGGAGGUACUUGACUCUGAUCUUAUUCUUUCCAUUACUCACUGUUGGCAGCGCAAGUUUAUUCCUAAUGGUGUGAACUCUAGUAUGAUUAUUCUUCUUCCUAAGGAGAAAGGAGGUAAUACGUUGAAGAAUUACCUACCAAUUGGGCUGAGUAACAUCUUUUUUAAAAAAUUUACUAAGAUACUAGCUUCUAGACUUGGUGGGGUUUUAGAAAAUUUGAUUUCUGAGGAACAGGUGGCCAUUUUGAAGGGAAGAAAUAUCCAUGGGAAUUUCAGUGUGGCUUCUGAUUGGUGAAUGAGCUUGUAGUGAAACGAGAGUGGGCAAGUAGGACUAAAGCUUGAUAGCACCCAGGCUUUUGAUACUCUCAGUUGGCAAUUCAUUCUGGAAGUUUUAAAAAAGUAUGGUGUUUUUGAUGAUUGGUGCACUUGGAUUCAUAAUAGUUUGAAGUCUACUAGAAUCUCUGUUCUGGUUAAUCUCAACCCUGAGGGUUCUUUUCGAGAUUCUCUGAGUGACAAUUUCCCGUUCAGUUGACAGAUUGUCUCUGUGAACCCAAGUUGGAAGCUCAAAGGAUCCCCUCCUUGCUCAAUCUUAGUUUUUUGCACCUUCUCGACCUGGUGAAGUACAUGAGUAUGCAAAAGAGAUAGCUAGAUUAAAUGGUGGGUUUCCGAUACAAGUGAUUGGAAAUGACACGAUAAUCCGGGGGAAGAAUUAUGUUCAGCCUGAAGUUAUGUGUCCUGUUGAUAAUUCUCCAAGAAGAGGGUACUAGAAAAAUCAAAAUACAUGCAGUCACUUGAGGCAGUGAGGAACUUCAUCGCUGUAGCGGAGAAAGAAUUAAAAUUUCAGUACAGGCACGUUGCCCUCUGCACCAUUCCAAGUUCUUCUGAUUCCAACUCGACCUCUAUCAGAACAGAAAAAACUCAGCCUUACCCUGGAAGUUCUGAAAUAACAAGUUUGAAUUACGACGAGUUUUCAACUGAUCAUUCAGAUAGGGAAUUUGACCAAUCACGUCAAGAAUUGUUAUGAAAACUCGUAGUCAGACGAUGAAUACUUAUCUGGAAUUGAAGUUGAUGUUGAUGAAGGAAGUGUAUCAGUUACAAACGUUAGUUCAGACGAAGAAGAGGUAUCCUUCUGUGUACCACAGAGCUCUUUCUGUUGCUCAGAUUGUUCACCAUUGUUGGAAAGUAGUUUAAAUUGUAGUAUUGGAGAUUUGCAAGGUGAAAAAGACUGAAAAAUUCAUGAUGUUCAGUUACCAAGAUUUGCUGAAUGAAAUUUUGGAGAUUUCAUCCAAUUUCCAAAGUAAUGGGAGUUUUGACUGUUUCCACCACUUCCUAUAUGAAGCUAAGGAGAAUUUCCAUUUGACUUGAACUCUUGAAGCACAGAUGGUUUCUCGCUAUACUUUCAGAACUGGCGAAUUAUGCAAAAUGAAUUACAAUUCACAAGCCACAGCAUUGUGAAUGUCUCGAACAAGUCCCACGAUCAAAAGUUGAAACGGGUUUCGAUCUUUCGCAACAAGUUUCCUUCUAGUGAUCUCUGCAAACAACUUGAUCAUUGAAUGACAAUCAUUACAGAACAGAGAUUGUUUGCAAAUGGUUCCAGCCAGGUUCAGUGGAAAUUAACAGGUAAAGUAUUGUGAGCUUCUCCCUGUGAAUUGGUACAGUCACGCUGUCACGUAAAAUAACCUCGGGCGCAGGAGAAUACUCAUCUUCCGAUCUCAAAAGUUGGUUAAAUUGAUGUGCUGGAACUAUAACGUAAAUACCCAUUGUGUUGGAACUAAAGUUUUUUUUGAUCAGAAUUGAAACUAAAGUUUAGCCCACCAAAGGGUCCAAGACCAACACAAAAAUUCAGACUUUUGUGAAAUAUGGCAAUGGCACUGCUUUGAAUUCUGUCUUUUCAGUAGGUCAUAUUGAUGUGCCGUGGGAUACUGAAUUGAGUUGCAGUUCUGAGCUACAAAUUGUCUGAGAUUUUUUUUAAUGUGACUCAGAAAUUGUCUUUAUCCACUCAGCAA